UUUGCAUUAUUUAAUAACAGAUCAUCAGCACAAAUUCUUUUCACUAGGUGCAUUCAUUCAGUAAAAUCACAAUGAGGAUUCAGAGAAAAUUAUUGCCAACUAGUAUUUUAUGCAUUUCUGUUCUUAUCGUGAUUUAUGGAUUGGUGGCUGUUGCACCUGAACCUGAACCGGAACCGCCUUCUAAUGGAGGAAAGGUAUCUAAAACUAUCACUGUUGGUAAAUCAGGGCAUGUUGAUUUCUCAAGUAUUCAAUCUGCCAUAAAUUCCAUACCAGUUAACAAUAGAGCAUGGGUACGUGUUCAAAUCGAGAAUGGCGUUUACGGAGAGAAAGUGCAAAUUCCUAUAGAGAAACCCUUUAUUGUGUUGGAAGGUGAAAGCAUGAAAGACACAAUUAUCGCAUAUGGAGACUACGGUUUGCACAAGAACGCGACGUUUAGUGUUUUCGCUGAUAAUGUUGUUGCUCGACGUAUAAGCUUCUAUAAUACAUAUAAUCAUCCAUUAAACAAUGGUGUAAAUAAGAAUACAAUACAUGAGGCAGCUGCGGCCAUGGUAAUGGGAAAUCGGAUUUCCUUCUAUGAAUGUGGUUUCUAUGGAUUACAAGAUACACUAUGGGAUGUACAAGGACUUCAUUACUAUAAAUCUUGCUUCAUUGAAGGAUCUGCUGACUUCAUAUUCGGGUUGGCUCGGUCAAUAUUUGAGAAAUGUGUAAUAUCAGUGAUCGAUGACGGGUACAUAACAGCACAAGGAAGAGACAGCUUCGAAGAUAGAAGUGCAUUUGUGUUUAAAGAAUGCAGCGUGAUCGGUACCGGUAAAACUUACCUUGGAAGACCAUGGAGAUGUCAUUCAACUGUUCUCUUCUACAACUCUAGUUUUUCUAACGCUGUUGUUCCUCAAGGAUGGGAUAUUUGGAAUUGCCACGGUCACGAGAGCGACAUAACGUAUGUCGAGCAUGGAUGUCAUGGACCAGGAGCAAACACGUCGAAACGUGUUAAUUGGGUGAAAAAACUAAACAACAGGAUGGUGUCCAGAAUGUCGAGUUUGAGUUUCGUUAAUAAAAGAGGUUGGAUUGAAAAGCAACCUUAAAGAAUUUCUUGUCUUUCUGUUGUCACGAAAAUUUGUACGGAUUAAUACGUGAGUCAUUUUUAUUAUGCUUAGUGAUAAUUCCUCGGUAGGCAUGUAGCAUUACUCGUAACAAUAUCAGAACGGAUUUUAAAUACAAACAGAACAUUAC